AAUGCACAUAAUACAAUAAAUUCUUUCCUUUUCAAUGAUACCACAUGUGUGGGAAUAGUGCCUGGAUAACAAACUUGACCCUAAUAUUUUCGCCAGCUCUCAGGAGUACAUAGCCGUAAGCCGAUAUGUCGCCGUAAAGCGUAGUGCCGUAAAACGUAGCGCCGUAAAGCAGUCUUGUUCCUUUGUGACCCGGAUGUUGUUUGUCUCAGUAGCGCGAUGGAAGAAUUGUGAUCUUACACUGACUGUUUUCUCCUUGAAUUGAUACUGAAUUAAAGGAGGUCUUGUUUCAGCGGGUAGCCCUCGUUAUUUUUUUGCUUUGUAAAGGUAUGUCGGUCGUUUCUCCCAACCGCUCCUCCGCCGGGUGGCCCCGCGGCGGGGUGAAUCAGUUCAGCAACAAGUACGUGAGUCCACCGAGCAAAGCGCUCACCCUGGAGAGAACCAUCAACCUGUAUCCAUUGACAAACUACACAUUUGGCACCAAGGAGCCCCUGUAUGAGAAGGACAGCUCAGUGGCUGCACGCUUCCAGCGCAUGCGCGAGGAGUUCGAGAAGCUAGGCAUGAGGCGCACAGUGGAGGGUGUGCUCAUUGUGCAUGAGCAUCGGCUGCCACAUGUGCUGCUACUGCAGCUUGGGACCACCUUCUUCAAGUUACCUGGAGGAGAAUUGAAUCCUGGUGAAGAUGAGGUGGAAGGACUGAAGCGACUCAUGACUGAGAUUCUGGGCCGCCAGGAUGGUGUGAAGCAGGACUGGGUGAUCGAUGACUGCAUCGGAAACUGGUGGCGGCCCAAUUUUGAGCCCCCGCAGUACCCUUAUAUUCCAGCUCAUAUCACCAAACCCAAGGAGCAUAAAAAGCUUUUCCUAGUUCAACUACAGGAGAAAGCUCUAUUUGCUGUCCCUAAGAAUUACAAGCUGGUAGCAGCACCACUGUUUGAGCUGUAUGACAAUGCCCCAGGAUAUGGACCCAUCAUAUCCAGUCUCCCACAGCUGCUCAGCAGGUUCAACUUUAUUUACAACUGAGUGGAGCGUGCAGCGCUGUCCUCGAUAUUGGUCUGGAGGAGCACAGCUGUAGCUCAGCACACAGAUCCAGCACUGAACCAAAACAGCACGCUAAUAUGUCUUCAUCAGGGUCGUCAUCGUUGCUGUUCUGAAACCGUUUAAAAUGUUUAUAUGUCGUUUGUAAAAUGUUUAGAUUGAUGCUUUUUGUUUUUAAAUUUCUUUAGCCGUUCUUUUUUUUAGUGACUGAGCAGUCUGCUUUUUACGUUUCUCCCGGAGAGUAUGUAUUUGUAUGGUAAAUUUAAAAAAAAAAGUGCAGUUUUUGUUUUUUUUUUUUGUUUUUU